AUGUCGAGCACAGCCGAGUACAGUCAAAACCAUGAGAGCAGUGAUGAUGAAAGUGAUGUUUUUCAUGAUGCGCAUUUUCCUCCCAAUGAAGAAGCUGCUCUCCUCACACAAUCCAAUACUCAUAAAUCUGAAGCAAAUAAACUUUUCUUAUCCGCGUCUUACUCGGAGGCUAUAUCAACCUACGAUCGUGCCUUAGCGUUUUGCCCCAGCUAUCUCGACUACGAAAUCGCAGUACUGCGGAGCAACAUUGCCGCAUGCCACUUGAAACUUGAAGAUUGGAAGCUUGCUAUAGAUGCUGCAACUGCCAGCAUUGAAUGUUUGGAUCGAGUCCUUCCUUCCCUUUCUCCUGUUGCCUCUGCGUUGGAACAGGGAAACGGUUCUCGCGCGGCUCAAAGGGUAGGUCUCGCAGAUGGCGUCAUAGAACUUGAUGAAAAUGGUGAUGAAGGGGAAGCAGAGCAGCUAAAACAGUUGAAAGAACAUGAUAAAAAGAAAGAAGAUGUGAAGCGAAUUCGAGCAAAGGCGCUGAUGAGAAGAGCUCGGGGAAGGUUGGAAGUUGGCGGAUGGGUAAAUUUACAAGGGGCCCAGGAGGACUACAACAAGUUAAUUCAGCUGAAGACAUUACCUCGAAAAGAUGAACUGGCUGUUCUCAAGUCGCUCGCAGAAUUACCCUCGAAGAUCAAUGCCGCGAGAGAAAAAGAAAUUGGAGACAUGAUGGGGAAGUUGAAAGAACUGGGUAAUGGCAUUCUGAAGCCAUUUGGUCUAUCGACAGAUAACUUUAAAUUUGUGCAAGAUGAGAAAACUGGUGGAUAUAAUGUUGCGUUUGAAAAGUAG